AAUUGGCACAGAACAUUCGAGAACCCCAAACCUUAGGUCCUACUAGAACUCUCUAGUACUUAACCACCCAAACCCACUUGCCCUAUAACCUCAUCAUCUCUCUCUUCUUCUUCAAUCUCACAAUCAAAUUAAACCCUUUUCUUCUUCCUCUCGCAAAACAAAACCCUUUCGAUUCAAUUUCCGAUCCAAUAAUCAAAUCAUCUAUGGCCGACGAAGCAAAAGCCAAAGGCAACGCCGCAUUCUCUUCCGGUGACUUCGCAACCGCAAUUCGUCACUUCUCUGAAGCCAUCGAUCUUUCUCCUAACAACCAUGUCCUUUAUUCCAACCGAUCCGCAGCUUACGCUUCUCUUCAGAAAUACUCCGAUGCUUUAACCGACGCUAAGAAAACCGUCGAACUCAAACCUGAUUGGUCAAAAGGCUAUAGUCGUCUCGGCGCGGCUCAUCUUGGUUUAUCUCAAUUUGAUGAUGCUGUUUCUGCUUAUAAAAAAGGUCUUGAAAUUGAUCCUAAUAAUGAGCCUUUGAAAUCAGGUUUAGCCGAUGCAAAGAAAGCCUCCGCGGCUAGGUUUAGCCGCGGCUCUGCUCUGGCUAAUCCUUUUGGUGAUGCUUUUUCUGGUCCUGAGAUGUGGGCUAAGCUUACCGCUGAUCCUGGAACUAGGGUUUAUCUUCAACAACCUGAUUUUGUUAAGAUGAUGCAAGAUAUUCAAAAGGAUCCAAAUAAUUUGAACUUGUAUUUGAAGGAUCAAAGAGUUAUGCAAGCUUUUGGGGUUUUGCUUAAUGUUAAGAUUAAUAAAGGUCCUGGUGAUGAUGUUGAUAUGCCGGAUAUUUCUUCUCCGUCUUCUUCUUCCUCUUCUGAGAGGAAGAGGGCAGCUGAAGCUGAGCCUCCUAAGCAGCCUGAGCCGGAACCUGAACCCGAACCAAUGGAAUUGGCUGAUGAAGAAAAAGAGAAAAAGCAUAGGAAGGCUGAGGCACAGAAAGAAAAGGAGGCUGGUAAUGCAGCUUAUAAGAAGAAGGAUUUCGAUACCGCGAUUCAACAUUACUCAAAAGCUUUGGAAUUGGAUGAUGAGGAUGUAUCUUUCCUCACUAACCGUGCUGCUGUAUACUUGGAGAUGGGAAAGUAUGAGGAUUGCAUAAAAGAUUGUGAUAAGGCUGUUGAAAGAGGAAGAGAACUACGAUCAGAUUACAAGAUGAUAGCAAGAGCUUUGACAAGGAAGGGAACUGCCAUGGGCAAAACGGCAAAAUGCUCUAAAGAUUAUGAGCCCGUCAUUGAGACUUAUCAAAAAGCGCUUACAGAGCACCGCAACCCAGACACCCUGAAGAAACUUAAUGAAGCUGAAAAGGCUAAGAAAGAGCUUGAACAACAAGAAUACUAUGAUCCAGAAUUGGCCGAUAAGGAAAGAGAAAAAGGUAAUGAUUACUUUAAGCAGCAGAAGUAUCCUGAAGCUAUUAAGCAUUACACUGAGUCUCUAAAAAGAAACCCAAAAGAUCCUAAGGCUUAUAGUAACAGAGCUGCAUGUUACACCAAACUGGGAGCAAUGCCUGAAGGUUUAAAGGAUGCAGAGAAAUGCAUUGAGCUUGAUCCAACCUUUACCAAGGGUUAUACCCGUAAAGGUGCUGUUCAGUUUUUCAUGAAAGAGUAUGAAAAGGCUUUGGAAACAUACAGGGAGGGGUUGAAACAUGACCCCAACAACCAGGAGUUACUUGAUGGCAUUGGAAGGUGUGUACAACAAAUUAAUAGAACCAGUCGUGGAGAUGUAACUCCUGAAGAGUUGAAGGAGAGACAGGCCAAGGCAAUGUCAGAUCCAGAGAUACAGAACAUCCUUCAAGACCCUGUUAUGAGACAGGUAUUGGUUGAUUUCCAAGAAAAUCCAAAGGCUGCACAGGAACAUACCAAGAACCCUGGUGUGAUGGACAAGAUCCAAAAGCUUAUCAGUGCUGGAAUUGUCCAGAUGAAGUAAAUUUGAUGGAAGAUGGCAGCAGCAGCUCUCGCAAAAAGCAAUUGACAAUUAUUCCUAUUGUGACUUUGAUUUAAUAUUCGAAUAGAUUUUUCUAUUGGAUGUAAAAUGGGAAAUUUUGACUUGUUUUUGUUUUCGUGAAUUUUUAUAAUUUAUAAAACUCAAGUGCAAUUUAUUUUAGCAUAAGUAAUUGGUUUCAUCA